AUGGCCAUGACCGAAGCGCAGACGGCCAUUGUCAAAUCGACGGCCCCCAUUCUCAAGGAGCACGGCCUCACCAUCACCACCGUCUUCUACAAGAGCAUGCUCGGCGCCCACCCCGAGCUCCACAACGUCUUCAACCUUAGCAACCAGCGCUCCGGCGCCCAGCAGAAGUCCCUCGCCAACGCCGUGCUCGCCUACGCCACCCACAUCGACGAGCUCCAGAAGCUCGGCCCCGCCGUCGAGCGCAUCGCCCAGAAGCACGUCAGUCUCGGCAUCACCCCGGAUCAGUACGCCAUUGUCGGCGAGCAUCUCAUCAAGGCCAUCGCCACCGUUCUCGGCGACGGCCUGACGCCCGAAGUGGCCGACGCCUGGGUCGCCGCGUACGGCCAGCUCGCCGACAUCUUCAUCAAGCGCGAGGGCGACCUCUACGACCAGGCCGGCGACUGGCGCGGCUGGCGCAAGUUCCGCAUCGACCGCCGCCAGCAAGAGUCCAACACGGUCACGAGCUUCUACCUCAAGCCCGCCGAGGGCGACACGACGGGCCCGCUGCCGCCCUUCCUGCCGGGCCAGUACGUCAGCAUCCGUGUGCGCGUGCCCGAGUACGGCGACGUCUGGCAGUGCCGCCAGUACAGCAUGAGCGAGGCGCCCCAGGGCGACCACUACCGCAUCAGCGUCAAGCGGGAGCGCGCGGCCGAGACGCCGGCGCCACGUCCGCCGAUCACCCGGGCGUCGUGUCCAACAUUCUGCACGACAAGUCCCAAGUUGGCGGACGGGAUUAAAAUCACAUACCCGGGCCGGCGGGGUUCUCCAUCGAGGUCAACGAGCCCACAAAGGCCGAGGCCCCCCUUGGUGCUCCUCUCCCGCCGGUGUGGGUGUCACGCCCAUGACCUCCAUCCUCGACUCGGUCCUCGCCGGCCCGAGUCAAAGAUGACAAGCGCCCCAUCCGCUGGUCCACGCCGGCGCGGGGAACGGACCAGAUGGCCUUUGCCCGCUCACAUCAAAAGGUGA